AUUUCCCAUCGUUUAGCCACAUUCCAGAGUUAAUCGUUUAUAUCUUUUGUCUUGUGUAAUUUUUGUUGACUAUCAUGCAAAAAUGCUUUUUAAACUUUUAUUUUGAAAUUUAUAUGACGGCCCUGAACAGUCAUGGUAACGCAUGCGCACACGCAAUCUUAAUAAGUUAAGGGAACUGAUAUUUCUUUGCUUGUAACUUUAUCUCUUCUAAUUUACAAAGGUCAGUCGCAUUCAUUUCGGUUGGUUUAAUCGCCGAGUGUUUAGACAGACCUGUGUACAAUGGCCCACUCUGACCCCUCUGGUGUACUGGAUGGAGGACUGUCAAAAGAGUUUGCUAUCCCCUCUCAUGUGGAGGAGAUUAGGAAACUUAUGGCUGAGUUUGCAGAACGACAUGGAUCAGCUGGUCACAGAGUUGUUCUGAUCACCUCAGGAGGCACCAAAGUCCCUCUGGAAUCCCGGACAGUACGCUUCCUGGACAACUUCAGCAGUGGUCGACGUGGGGCAUCCUCUGCUGAGUAUUUUCUUGACUCUGGCUAUGCAGUGAUCUUCCUGCAUAGGCAUCGGUCUCUCUAUCCAUACUCUCGACUGUACACUGGGGUCAAUUUACUGGAUAGCCUAAGAUUAGAGACUGAUAAGGAGGACACUAGUCAGGUUCUGGUGGAUCAGAAGGCACUUCCAAACAUUCCAACUGUUCUAAAACGCUAUCAGUCGGUUAAAGCAGCAGGAUUACUGUUGCCAGUGGAAUUCAACACCUUAUCAGAGUACCUUCAUCUUCUCAAGGCUGCAGCACAAGCAUUAAGCUCCAUAGGGUCAAAGGCUAUGUUUUAUUUGGCAGCUGCUGUCUCUGAUUUCUACAUCCCAGCAUCGGAAAUGCCAGAACACAAAAUUCAGUCGUCUAAUGGACCACUACAGAUAAGUAUGAAAAUGGUUCCCAAGAUGCUGUCCCCAUUGGUGAAGGACUGGGCGCCUCGGGCAUUUGUCAUCUCUUUUAAACUGGAAACGGACCCAUCGAUCCUUUUGGAGCGAGCACGUCGUGCCUUAGACGCUUACAACCACCAAGCAGUGGUUGCGAAUGUGCUGGACACGCGACGUGGUUAUGUGGUUGUUGUCACCAAGGACUCGCAACAAGAGUUGGUUCUUACAGAUGAGGAAGUGCAGGGAGAAGUGGAGAUUGAGGAACGGAUUGUCAGCAAUCUGACCAAAGCACACAGUCAAUUUAUGUCUCAACCAGUUUGAAAGACUUUGCUGUGUUGUCUUAGCAUUUGGGUUCAGGAAGGUUUUUCAGGCAGAACUAUGAUCAGAUUGUAUUGUUUUGUAACAGCUGUGGUUAUGAUUUGGACAGGGAGUCUGUUGCCAUCUCUGAUAUUUAUGUCCACGAGUUCAGAAACCUUCCGCUGUGAAAAUUAAUGAUCUGUUACCAGGGUUGGGGAGUAACGGAAUACAUGUAACGGGAUUACAUAUUUAAAAUACAAAAUAUAAAUAUGUAGUCCACUACAGUUACAAUUUAAAUAAUUGGUAAUUAGGAUACACUUACAUUCAAAAAGUAUUUUGAUUACUGAAGAGAAUACUUUGCAUUUUAUUGUCCUUUAAUAUUUAGUCCUUUCAGAUGGAAAACAUUUAUACAUAUGUUGCAAUCCUAAGUGAAUUUGAACAGCGGUGAAACACUUUCUUAUGAUGUGUUACAUUCAUACAAACAGACAGAGAAGUACAUUUGAAGUAAGUUUGGAGCAGAAGAAAUAGAAAUAAACCUUGUGUAAAUUGUCCCUUGUGUAAAUUGUCAAUUUUACACUGAGUUAAAAUGCUUUCUCUAGCCAUUUUACAUGCACAUGUUACCAACAACGAUUAUUUCUUUAAGACCUUUGAUAUUAGGGCAAAAAUUUUGUAUUUGUUUUCCUGUAAAAAUAUCUAAAAAUCCGUAAAAAUAUCUAAAAAUCCUUAAAACAACAUACAUUUGAUUAUCUUGUUUUAGAAACAACACUGCAUAAGAUAUUUAGGUUUUUCAGAGAAUGUAUUUUUAACAUGUGUAUCUUGUCUUACUGUACUGGCAGUUUUUAUAGUCAAAACAAGUGAAAAAAUCUACCAGUGCUGAAGAAGUAAUCCGAAGUAUUUAGAAAACAUUAAUGACCUUGAGUAAUCUAACUAAAUACGUUACAAAUGACAUUUUACAGCAUGUAUUCUGUAAUCUGUAGUGGAUUACAUUUCAAAAGUAACCCUCCCAACCCUGUCUGUAACAGACAUCUCACAUCUGCAUAGUUACUUCCAGUUUUAACUUUCCUGGCAUUUAAUUAUAGGAUAGUACAAAGUAAAAGAGCAUGACCGUAUGCUUGAAUGGCUUUAAGCUAUCGGAAUAAACAUGCAUUCUCGAUUAUAUUAAUAUCAUAAAUCGGUUCGUGUUAAGCAGACUUCAAGUCAGCCUUAACAUGAACCUUAUUCAUUAAACAGAAUUUAUGCAUAAAUUGUAGCAUGCAGUUCAGUGUAGCAAUUAAUGCAAGAAUGGGUUAAUGAACGAUAUACACAGAAAAUUAUUCUGUUUGUGAUUCGUGAAUGAGGCCCAAUUCAUUUAGUUGUUUCGUGCAGGUGAAAGGAAUCUAAAUGUAGUAUGUAUAAACUGCUUCUCUAAUAAAAACAAAAUAAAGCAAUAUUAAAUGUUUGUCUAUUUUCUGUUUAAAUAUAACUUAAUUAGCUUUACUUAUUAAUAUAUUACUUUGUGUUUAUAUUCUUUAUUUCAUAUCCAAUUUGUUUUUGAGCAGUGGUAAAUAUCACUUCUAACCAUAGAACACCAGAAGUCAAUUUUAAGAUAAUAUUCCAGCUGGGUUGAGAUUGAUCACUUGAGUUUAACACUCCUCUUAACUCCAGUGCAAAUACUAGACCAUUCGCCACUGUAUCUUGUCCUCUCUGGCCACACCUCAAGAACCUGAAACAAAUAUUCUGAGUUCAUCAUCUGUUUUGAAUAUUAAUUCUGACAUUUAUACAGGCUUUGAGUAUACAAAUGAUUCCUAGUAGACUUAACCUGACCUUUCCU